AUGACCCAAGAGGCUUUUCGGCUGUACCGAGAGUUUGCCUGGGGCGCAGAAGGUCUAGCGCCUAUAGCCCAGCAACCCACCAUAGGCCGAAAUAUGCAGUACCCAGGAGUAAGUAUUGUGGCAGUAAUGAGCACUUUUGCGGUGAUGGACUUGCAAGAAGAGUGGAUUAUUGGAGAAGAAUGGAUCACCACAAAGAUGAACGUGUCAGAGUGCACGCAGCAGGUGCGACCAAAAGACGUCAUCACGCAGUACAUUGGCGGUUUGUUGUCUGCUUACGCUUUAUGUGGCAAGAAAAAAACUGUGUUUUUGGACCGGGCCCGGGAGUUUCUAGAGAAUUUGGAGCCAGCAAUUAAUCCAAGCACUGGCAUGCUUAUUUAUAUGUAUGACAAUAAAAAAAGAGUGGUGUCAGAUCACAGCUGGAACAUUAUCGGCAGCGUCGGUUUUCAACAAACGGAGCUAAUUUUUCUCGCCAACCUAACCGCCGAUUUGCAGCUCAUGGAUCGUUUGACUAAUGUUCAAAAACUAAUGAGCAACAUCACCACCGUUGACGAUCACCGUUUGCCUCCCAACCGGGUUAACGUCACUACAGGGGCAGCCAUUUCCAGCACUUUGAGAACUUUUUUUGAGCAUAACAUCGAUUUUUGUUACGAUAUGCUUCGCUCGUACAUUCAACGUGACCGACAAGACCGGUCGCUGCUGCAGUUGUAUACUGAGGCAGUGGACAACACCCUGAAGGCAGGAAUGUUUAAGCUUAUGGAUAACGGACUGCUAUAUGUGCGAGAGUACGACAGCAAAUCAAAACGUCACAGUUUUGGCAUGUCUCACCUCGCCUGUCAACUGGGCGCCAUGUUGGCCAUUGGGGCCAGAGAGCUGAAGGCGAUCAACCGGACCGCCACCGCCGAUCAGCAUUUUCAACUGGCGGUGAACAUUACCGAAACGUGUUACCAGGCUGCAAACGGCACUAAAACAAAAUUGCUGCCAGGAACAUUUAUGCAGAACGUCACCAUCAAAGCUAUUGGAUUGCUAACGUAA